CUGAAGCUUGGGGCUGGCUGGGAUCUUCCCAAUUGUCCCCGGGGCUCACAGCUGUCUUGCUAGCUGGUCCCUGAAGGGUGGCCUCGAAUGGCAGCUCAGUGGGCUGGGCACCUUCCAGGGAGGCCUGGCCAGGCAGCUCAUUUCCAUGGGAGGGAGGGCACUUUUUCUCCACCACCCACCCGGCCUCCCUCUGCCACCUCCCUGGCUUUCUUCCUUACUUGUUCCUGUCCGUCAGGGCCAGACCAGCUCCAGUGAAUCUCAGGCAGACGCCACCAGGCCCCACGCAGCUCCAGGAGGCCAGACACCGGCAGCGCAGUGAAGGCCCAGCAGAUGCCUGCAGCCAUGCUGGCCCUUAGCAUGGUCAUUCUGGGCCUGCUCAGUGCAGUGCCACCGGCCAGCUGUCAGCAAGGCCUGGGGAACCUCCAGCCCUGGAUGCAGGGCCUCAUCGCAGUGGCCGUGUUCCUGGUCCUCGUUGCAGUCGCUUUUGCUGUCAACCACUUCUGGUGCCAGGAAGAGCCGGAGCCCGGAGCCAUGGCCAUGACUAUUGGAAACAAGACUGAUGGGGUGCUGGUGGGAACAGAGGGAAGGUACUCCUCCAUGGCGGCCGGCUUCAGGUCCAGUGAGCACAAGAAUGCCUAUGAGAACAUCCUAGAGGAGGAGGGCAGGGUCCGCAGCACCCCUAUGUGACCUGACUCAUCUCAAGCUCUAAGGCACCUAUGACAGAUUCCAGUUCCCUCCUUGUGCAAGAACCUAAAAGAAUGGGCUGACACCCCUGAGUAACAGCUGGCCAAGGAAGAGGCUCAGCUGGUGACAAGUGGGGCCUGGCUGUGGAACUUGGGUCUUCCUGGGGGUCUCCUACCCAACUCAGAAAUGACAGUCAACUCAGUACCUCCCAUCGUGGCUCCUACCCUCCCCCCUGAGCAUGGAAAUGGUGGCCCUUAUUUCUGUGAAAUAAAGACUUUUUAUAUGUCUGGG